AUGGCCACCAUCAGUGUGGUGAUUAAGCACCAAGGGAAGAAGUACGAUGUCGAGGUUGACACUUCUUCGACCGGCGAUGUCCUGAAGUACCAACUCUUCAGCCUCACCGGCGUCGAGCCCGAACGCCAAAAGAUCCUCGUCAAGGGUGGACAGCUCAAAGAUGACGCCGACAUGAGCAAACUGGGGUUGAAGCCCGGCCAGGUGAUAAUGAUGAUGGGUACACCGGGAGACGGCGGAGGCGCGAUCGUGCGGCCGACCGAGAAGAUCAAGUUCCUCGAAGACAUGACCGAGGCUGAAGCCGCCCAGCAAAUCGGCGCCACCCCGGCCGGUCUGGUCAAUCUCGGCAACACUUGCUACCUCAACUCGACACUCCAGGCGCUCCGCUCCAUCCCUGAACUUCAAGAUGCUCUCGCGAAGCACACGCACACAUCCGUGUCCGAAGUCCCCCAGCUGGACAUCACGAACCAACUGAAGGAUCUCUUCAAGGACAUGUCGGAGACACAGGAAGGCAUGACUCCCUUCACUUUCCUGAAUGCUCUCCGGACGACCUUCCCUCAGUUUGCCGAGCGCUCAAAGAAAGGCCCAGGCUUCGCCCAGCAGGAUGCCGAAGAAGCCUGGUCCCAAAUCAUCCAACAGCUCAGACAGAAACUGCAGUGGCGGAAUCCCACCGAAGGUGAAACUGUUAAGGCUAGCUCUUUUAUCGACACGUACAUGGCUGGCGAGUUCUCGACCACGUUGGAAUGCGAUGACCAUGCGGCCCGCGAGGGCGGCGAGCAACCGACAUCGUCCAAGGAGCCGUUUCUCAAGCUCAAUUGCCACAUCGACAACCAGACGGCCCACUUGAGGGAUGGUCUUCUCAGCGGACUGUCGGAGAAAAUCGAGAAGAAAUCCGAGGUUUUGGGCCGGGACGCCACGUACACCAAGAUUUCCAAGAUUUCCCGGCUACCCAAGUAUCUCACUGUCCACUUUGUGCGUUUCUUCUGGAAGCGCGACGUGCAGAAGAAGGCCAAAAUCAUGCGCAAGGUCACGUUCCCCCACGAGCUGGACGCCGUCGAGUUCUGCACCGACGAGUUGAAGAAGGCUCUCAUUCCUGUCCGAGACAAGGUGCGCGAGGUGCGCAAGGAUGAAGAGGACGUUGAGCGCGCUCGAAAGCGCCGCAAGAGGAACCCCAUGCUGGACGGCGAGGCACAGGAGGACAAGAAGAAGAGUGCGAAGGACGACAAGAAGCCAGCGGGGUCGGGCGAUGGCGAUGUCGAGAUGACCGAGACUUACAAGACGGACGCCGAAUGGGAGGCGGAGAAGGACGCUGCGCUCUUACAGGCUAAGAAGGAGCUGCAUGCCCUGAUCGACCCGGAGAUCAAGAAAGACGAGGGCGCCAACCAGUCGGGUAUUUACGAGCUCCGCGCUGUGGUCACCCAUCAGGGGGCCAGCGCUGAUAGUGGGCAUUACACGGCCUACGUCAAGAAGACGGCCCCAAAGGACCCCGUAACCGGCAAGGUCGGAGAGGAGGAUGGCAAGUGGUGGUGGUUCAACGACGACAAGGUUACCGAGGUGACCUCUGACAAGAUUGAUGCGCUUGCUGGUGGUGGCGAGUCGCACUCGGCCCUCAUCCUUCUGUACAGGGCCAUUCCCUUGCCUUCGGCGGAGGGCAUUAUGGAGUAA